AUGAAGCCCUGGACGGCCCUUUUCCUGCUUUUGUCGGUCGUGUCCGGCGUACUGUCCGCACAGUCAACCCCGGACAAGUUUGCAAGAUAUCAAUCCCUGUCUCGCUCGGGGCCUGUUGAUCUGGAUAGCGCAUCAUAUGAGGAAUUGACUUCGGAACCUCGAGACUACUUUGCUGUGGUGAUUUUAACUGCCACAGAUGCUCGUUUUGGCUGCCUUCUGUGCCGUGAUUUUGAACCAGAAUGGGAUUUGAUUGCACGAAGCUGGAAUAAGGGUACCAAGCCCGAUGAUCUGAAGGUGGUCUAUGGAACACUUGACUUUGAUAAUGGAAAGGCAGUCUUCCAAAAGCUCAUGCUUCAAACUGCGCCUGUGUUGCUUGUUUUCCCUCCAACCAUCGGUCCAUUUGCCAAGGUGGAAGGAGAUCCUCUUCGAUUCGAUUUCACCGGCCCGAUUUCCGCCGACCAGAUCUACUCCUGGAUCGAACGUCAACUUCCCGACGGUCCAAAGCCCCCACUUGUUCGACCUAUUAACUAUAUGCGCAUUGUGACGACAAUCACCAUUCUGAUGGCUUCCGUCACUGUCACUGCGGUACUGUACCCAUAUGUGCUGCCAAUUGUGCAGAAUCGGAACUUGUGGGCUGCAAUCAGCUUGAUCGCCAUUCUGCUGUUCACAAGUGGACAAAUGUUCAAUCACAUUCGGAAGGUUCCAUAUGUUGCAGGUGAUGGACGAGGUGGCAUUAGCUACUUUGCUGGCGGUUUCCAGAAUCAAUUUGGGAUGGAGACACAGAUUGUGGCUGCUAUCUAUGCUGUCCUUUCCUUUGCUACAAUCGCACUUGCGCUAAAGGUUCCUCGCAUGGAAGAUGUCAAAGGUCAGCAGCUAGCUGUCUUAAUCUGGGCAGCUGUUCUUUUUGGGACACUGGGUCUUGCCAUAUACAUGGCUAAACCCGGUGAUGCCCGCAUGGGCAAGAUCCUGACUUCGUCGGCGACAGGCACAACGUUCUUGAUCAUGAUUCAAUUAGCCUCCAGGAUCUUCACCUUUGCCUCAAACCAGCUGAUUCUGCGCACACUUUCGCCAGUUGUACUCGGGAUAGCAGCCCAGCUCGAGCUUUUCCAAAUUUCGAUUUUGUAUUUCUCAAGAGAGAGCAUUCGAGUGGCCAUUCAAAGACAGCCAAUGUCAUCUUCAACCAAGAGCAAAAGUCAACCCGGUCAAGCAAACGAUACAGAGUCUUUGGCAUCUCAGGCAGUGGUGAACGUAUCUUAUCUGAGUCUUGCUCUUGGUAUCCCUGCAACUCUGUUUUUCACUAUUCUAUAUCAGCGCUUUGUGUCAGAUGAGGCUUCAAAAAUCGCAUUCUUCCACCUCAGCGUGGCAAUUACCGGUCUUGCAGCUCUCAUAGAACUCAGUAUUGAGCCAUUCUUUGCGGUGGUUCAACAGCAUAUGUUGUAUGAGAAGCGUGCUACCGUGGAGAUGCCAGCAGCAUUUCUUAGGAGUUUUGUAACAUCUGUUGCCUUCAUUUACAGCUCUCGGGCCAACUAUAACCCUGGUGUGGUCCCAUUUGCGCUAGGUCACCUCGUUUAUUCGUUUGCGCUCCUUUUUGGCUAUUCUUUGGUCUUACUGACGGGACCAAGGGAUAAGCAAUUCUCUUUCUUGUUAACACGCGUGCAAUCCAGUGAUCCAUCAAAAUAUAUCCUGGGACUGUUCUCGCGCCGAUUAACGUCACUUGCUGCUAAUGUGUUUUUCCAAUCUUUGGUGAAGCAUUUGCUCACGCAAGGCGACACCAUGAUGCUUGCAGCCCUUUCAGGGCUAGAAGACCAAGGUAUAUACUCCCUUGCAUCAAAUUACGGUGGUCUUGUUGCACGUAUCAUCUUCCAGCCACUGGAGGAGAGCAGCCGGAACCUAUUUUCAACCCUCAUGAGUCCAAAUGAGAGCGGGAAGCUGAGUCGCAUGCAAAUCCGCACGGCCAAAAAUCAUCUUGUAGACAUUCUGCACGCCUACCAGCUGUUCUCAAUUCUUAUUUUCCCAUUGGGGCCCAUGAUGGUUCCACAACUGCUGCAUAUCCUAGGAGGUCGCCAGUGGGCUUCUCCAAAAGUUGGGGAUUUGCUUUCAGUCUACUGCUACUAUAUUCCAUUUCUGGCACUCAAUGGAAUCACCGAAGCAUUUGUAUCAUCAGCAGCUAAUCCUAGCGAGAUUCGGCGACAAACAGGGUGGAUGGGUGUCUUCUCCGCCUGUUAUGCUGUCGCAGCCUACACGUUCCUUGAGCUAGGAAAUCUGGGCGCUUACGGAUUGGUCCUGGCUAACAUCGUGAAUAUGUUUGUUCGGACUCUUUGGAGUUUCAGCUUCAUUACAUCUUACCUCCACCGACAUGGAGAACAUCUCCCCGCAAGCGAAGUAGCCAUCCGACCUGCUAGCUUCAUCAUUGGAGCUUUAGCCAGUGCAAUCGUGACUCAACAAACACUCGAGAACUCACGGCUAGGAUUUUUCCAAGUUUGUGCUUGUAGUGGCAUAUAUGUUCUUGUGAUGUAA